GCUUGCCAGGGAUGGGGAGCAAGGGAAGCGGGGAGAUGAAGGGCGGGGAGGGAUGAGAGGCGCCACGAGGGCCUCUCCAGCGGAGCAAAUGGUGGAGCAUCCAUGUCUUUGGGAGGGCAGCCAGCUCUCCAGCAUCGCAUGGCUGGCAUUCCUGUGUGUCUUUUCUGGCUUUAAAUAGUGCGGCUGAUUCGGGUGUGGUGGCACAGCUGGAGCCAUCCUGACCUGUCCCCUGGAGGUGGUGAAGACACGUUUACAGUCAUCCCAGCUAGCACUGCGGCCUCUGUGCCUCUCAGAGGUACAGGUGACAGGGAUGAGCCUGAGGAUGAUGAAUCCCACCCCACCAUCUCCUGGAGUGCUCAAGUUGCUGAGGGCCAUCCUUGAGAAGGAAGGUCUGCGAUCCCUGUUCCGAGGCCUGGGUCCAAACCUUGCUGGAGUUGCUCCUUCCCGGGCUAUAUAUUUUGCUGCCUAUUCUGGUAUUAAGGAGAGGCUCAAUGCUGUCCUUGUACCUGAGUCCAAGAAGGUACACAUACUAGCAGCAGCCUGUGCAGGCAUGAGCUCAGCCACACUCACCAACCCUAUUUGGUUAGUGAAAACCAGGAUGCAGCUGGAAGCCAGGGCAAAGGGGGAGAUGGCCAGCAAUGCUCUCCAGUGUGCCAUGCAUGUGUACCGCACUGAAGGCCUUCGUGGAUUUUACCGUGGUGUCACCGCCUCCUACGCUGGAGUGUCAGAGACCGUCAUACACUUUGUCAUCUAUGAAGCACUGAAACAGGAGCUGAGAAACAGCCAUCACUCCCAUUCCCCACCAAUCACACCUUCACCAAACAACCAUGAUUUCUUUGGACUAAUGGGCGCUGCUGCUGUCUCCAAAACAUGUGCUACGUGCAUUGCAUAUCCACAUGAGGUCCUUCGGACACGGUUGCGGGAAGAAGGGUCACGAUACCGUUCUUUGAUACAGACUCUGCAGCUUGUGGUCCAUGAAGAGGGACCCUUGGCUUUAUACCGAGGGCUCCUGGCUCACUUGAUCCGCCAGAUCCCAAACGCAGCCAUCAUGAUGGCUACCUAUGAAGUCAUCGUACAUUUUGCCUCUUCCACCUUGUAAGCAUGCUGUAGCUCCUGGCUGAGGCUGCUGUAGGGGUACAGGGACCUCGUGGUCCUGAGACCUGGUCUUCCUCAGUGCACUGAGAGGUGGUGGUUUUGGUCGCAGAUCAGAACACGUCAGGCAUUCUCAGGUUGUAAGACUAUUUUGUGCCAAGUUUUUUGCUCCAGCGUGCACAAUGUAGCCUUUUUUCUUUCUGGAGACUUGAAUUAUUCCAGUGCAUCAAGGUGUCAGGGCACUGGUUUGACAGUGCCUGUUGUAAUUUCCCUAAAUGAAACAAGGGUGUGGAACUUACUGGGAAAGAGAAAAAGCAGAAAGCAUAAAAGUAUCUUAGCCUCAGCAUGUUCACUUGUUUUGGACCCAGUAACAACCAUGCAUGGGUACAGUUGGGCAUGAAGACAGGCUAGAGCUGAGACAUUUGAGAACUGCAGCAAGCAGAGAUCUUGUGCUGCAACCUUCCAUGCCCUCAGAGAGGCUCUUCCACUUUCACCUACUGUGCUGCCUUCUUGCUCCUCAGGAGGAUUUC